UCGUCAACGUCAUCAGAAGAAGACGAGAGAUUAAUCCUGAACAACACUCGACCUCUGACCCCGCUGGUCCUGAACCCCGUCCAUGUCACCUCCCGCUGGGACGUCUUUUCCCCCGACAACGAGCCAACAACCUAUCUUGAGAUGGAGUCAACAUCUCGGCUUCCGACGCCGGAGGAGAGGAUGAGGCAGCAGGCGGACGCCGUUCCCGCUGAUAUCGUCGCCAUUGACAUAACAGGCGAGAGUUUUGAUCGUCAGGCCAGUUUUCGAAGAACCGCGUCCAACGGCGACUCGUUAACACGCCGACCCCGAAACCUGAGCCGCCGCAAGACUGUAACAGGGAUACCUGAUGAUGUCAGCAAUAUGCUGGACUCGUCUACGGCGUCCUCUGUCCUUCCUGGUCAGUUCUCUCCCGUGGCUCGACCUGCGUCCUCCUGUGGCCCCGCCCACCAGCAGGAGGAGGAGACAGAGAAAAACAGGAAGGAUUCAGCAGUGCGAAGGAUCCGGGCCCCGAGAGGAGAGGGGAUGUCCAGCCUCAUGGCGUCCCUCACCUCCUCCCCCUCCCCCUCAUCCAGGCCUCUCCCCCGUCUGGCAACCGACUCCUCUCUGAACUCUGCGGCCAGCUGUAACAGCGCCUCCUGCAGGACGCUCAGUGCCUCCUCGUCUUGCUGCCAGGAUCUACAGGGUUUCCCCAGCGACGUCCAGCCUCUGCUGCUCUUUGACCCCCCAUCCAGAUUCAUCCCACAGUCCAUCUCCUCACCCUCUUCUGUUCCGUCCUCCCCCGUCUCCUCCUCUCUUCCCAGCUCUCCCAGCUGUCCCUUGGCACCAGAGUGGUUGUACCCCAGCGACGAGCCACUGAACGAGGCUCCUCAUGUCUCUCCUUCCUCCUCCCACUACCUCUCCUCCUCCUCCAUCACACACUCAGAGUUCAGUUACCAGGCUCUGGACGUCCUCAGCGGUCAAACGGGGGACGAGUGGACUGACGUCGGCCAGGAGACGAGAUGUGUUUCUGGGGAAGGCUGGAGCUGUGACCCCCUCCUGUCCUCUGGUCGCUCGUCUCCAGCGUGUUCAGAGAGAACAACGUGCUCGCCGCUGUUAAACUGCCAGAAGAGGAAGUCCAGCACUUCCUCCUCAAAUUCUCGCUCUAUCACCCACAGCAUCUCCCUCCGCAAGCCCAAGCUCCCGCCUCCCCCGCCAUUACGUUCUGACUCUCUGCGGCGCCGGCCGGGUCGCAGUAAAUCGUACCGCUCCUUGUCCAGUCCUCGGCAGCCGUGCAGUCCCCACCAGGAGUCAGCUGCCCAGAGGACGUCCACCUCCCCCCCACAGAGCUACCACGACCCCUGGGUUCCCCGUAGUCACACCAAAAGGCGUCAGGGCGGACUGAGCUGUGGGACGGUCACGACCUUUGAACCAUCAAACCUCCAGGCCGCCUCCCCUCCUCCCAGCCCCACGCACGUCCACGCCCCCGGGUCUCCAGGCUCAGAGGAGGAGGGGCUUAGAUUAACUCUCAACCCUCAGACAGUUGCUUCCUCUGGUCUGAAGCGACUUGCUUCGCCCUCUAGUGGAUACUCCAGCCAGUCCAACACCCCCAUACCUGGCACACCUGUGUCCUCCCCCCACUCCCCCUCCUCCCCUCUCACAGUGAGUCCUGGAGCCUUCUCCCUCCCCUCGACCUCCCCCUCCUCCUCCUUUCCCCUGUCGCCGGCCGUCUCCUUACAGACCAGGAAGGAAGGAAGGCCAAAACCUCCCGUACCGGAGAGGAAGUCGUCACUCUUUUCCUCCCUCUCCUCCUCCUUUUCUUCCACUUCCUCCCUCUCUUCCUACACUUCCUCCGAGUCGUCUGCCAAACAUCUUCUCCUCCCUCCUCCCCCGCCUCCUCUCCCAGAAUCCUCUUCGCUUUCACCCCCUCUCAUCUUCUCCCCCUUUUCCCCUUUGACCCCCCUCCCCCCAACAACCCUUAUCAAGUCCCAGAACAGUUGUGUCAACAUGGCCACACCCACUUGUCCCCUGGUCACCGCCCAGGCUCUGCAGGGGCUCAAGCUUCGCUCCGUCAGGUCCCAGGCCGCCUUGCUAAGUAGCACUGUGCUAGCCAAUGCUAAUAGGGCUCAUGCUAACCAACCAAGCAAAGAUCCUCCACUAGACAGUUCUGUGCUAGCCGAUGUUAGCUUAGCUAACACUGACGCGAAGCUAGCUGAGAACGGAUCACAAUGCACUGUUUCUAACCUUCGUAAUAAUGAAGCCAAGGGAACUGAAGAUUUUACAGCUCGUGCUAAUCUUGAUAGCUUGGCUAAUGCUGAUGUUAAGCUAGCUGGGAAUGGACCACAAAAUGUUGUCUAUAAAAUUGGUAGCAAUGACACUAAAACACCCAGUUCAUUCCUGGCUAAUGCUAGCACACCUAGCCCAGCGAACACUCAAUCAGAUCGUGAUAACUUCAGCCAAACAAAAACUGAGACGAUUACACUCAACAACUCAGCGUUCACUCGUCUUCAGGACACACAAGGUUUUGUUUGCAGCACCGCGGCUAAUCAGAGAAGCUGUGGGCCUCAGGUGACCACUGCUCAAGACGUCCUGACCAAUGAGAGGAGAGAUUCAGACCUGUACGCGACGCUAACUAACAAUCAAGUCCCCAGUCCGGAUAGUCCCUGGGUCAAGAUUUCUCAUGGUACCAGCAAAAACCCCAUCCACUUAAUUACCCAGCUUCCUAUAGAUGCUAAGCUAAGUGAGCCUGGAGAGAAACAAGGAAACAUUGAAGAUUCUUCUUCCCGUUCUCCGUCACAAACAAAACAAGAGUCUCACAGAGGAACAACGUCAGAGAGGAAGGAUGUCGCUCAGAAUAAUCCAGACGUGUUGAACCACAGAGCCGAUGGAGAUUCAACAGAACAUCGUGAUUUAAAACUGAGAAAUAACGUCUUGGAGAUAAGAAGCACACAGGAGCUCAGGUCCCCGGAGAAGCCGGUGCUGUGGAAGAAGUCUGACCUUUGCAUUCUGGGUGUCAUGGCGUCUCCUGAAGCCCGACGAGGACCGGGUGGACGAAUCACCUUGUCUUCUUCUGGACUCGAUAAACAACAACAACAGCAGCAGCUUCCUUCUGGCGCAGCUUCACCAAAACACUUUAUAUACACAACUGACGAAACAACAACUCUUGAAGAAUUGUUGACACAUACAACUAACGCAGCUUCUGGUGACAUCACUGCAUGCUCACCUGUCUGCUCCCCCCCGAGGCAGAAACCACCGAUCCUACACAAGAAACCAGAUGUUUCAUCGACGUCAUCCAGAACAACAAAACCACUUUGUGCAUCUAAAAGUAUGACGGAGUCGUCUGAAGGAACGUCUGAGACCUGUGGCUCUAGAAACACGUUCAAUGGGACCAUGAGCACCGUGGAAAACAAUGGUACCUCAGGAACGUGGAGAAUCAUGGAGUCGUCAGGACCUCCGGCCCGGACCGGAGCAACGGACCCAUGUUGUGCUUGGAUCGCGAGGACGAGACUUGACGAGGACGAGAAAACGGUUCACAAGAGGAUGAUGAGGUCGUCGCUAGUUGAAGAUGAAGAGGAGGAUCCGAAGGUGGAGGAGAGAGUGAUGAAGACGAUGAUGAUGACGUCCCCCACGAAGAAAAAAGUAAGGAAGAGGAGGAGGAGGAGGAUGGGCGGGCAACUGCUGAUGAUGUCAUCAACAAGGAAGCCGUCCCCCUCGUCAUCUUCAUCCUCAUCAUCAUCAUCUUCAUCCUCGUCUGGAGAUGAAGAUGUGAUGAGAGAGGGAACAAUACAAACAAGUGAAGAGGUGUCCUGUGCUCUGAUUGGUCAGAGCAGGUACUGCCUCAGUAGUGCACUGUCCACUGACAGCCUGCAGGGGGAGCUGUCACUUCCAGACCUCCUGAUACAGGAACCAGAGGAGAUGAAGGAGGGAGCGGAGGACAGACGACCUCCGGACGCUGAUUUGUUCGUCAGUGUUUCAGCAGAUCAGAUGUUCGUCUCUGCUCGACCUCGAACCACCGAGGAUCUGUUCACCGUCAUCCACAGGUAG